UUUUCGAGUGUGCACACUCCUCUCUCUCUCUCCCACUUCAGUUACUUUCCAAUUCACCAGCCACCAAAACUCAUCAUUGCCCACCGAUUCCGUCACCUCCGGUGGCGGUGGCGGUGGUGGUGGAGCAACCCCACCACCCAUUUUCGAUCCUCCCACAGACCCAGUGUGAGAAAAGGCAAUCUUGUCGCGCAAUUCCGCGUUCUUGACGACGUUCUUGAUCUCCUGAAAGUCCCUGACCUCUCUCGGCCAUGGACGCAGCCGCUAAGCCCCACAAGAAAAGGAAGUGGUUCUUGCUUCUCGCCACGGCGCUGGCGCUCUCCACUCUGCUCGUCUUCUUCACCGUCUUCACCCCCUCUGCUGCUGCUUCUCAUUCUUAUUCUUCCCAGUUCUUACGCCGUGCCCAUGUGGAGACAGAGCUUCCGGUGUUCGUCGAGACCAAGCUGCAGGUGUCCGCGACCCUGGAUGACCCGGUUCCGAGAUUGGCGUAUCUCAUCUCCGGUUCGAUGGGCGAUGGGGAGAGCUUGAAGAGGACGCUGAGGGCUCUGUACCACCCGAGGAACCAGUACGUGGUUCACCUGGACUUGGAGGCUUCGGCGGAGGAGAGGCUGGACAUGGCCGAGUUCGUGAGGAGCGAGCCGUUGUUUGCGAAAUUGGGUAACGUGAGGAUGAGCGUGAGGGCGAAUCUGGUGACGUACCGAGGGCCGACGAUGGUGAGCAACACGCUUCAUGCUGCGGCAAUUCUGUUGAGGGAAGCAGGGGAGUGGGAUUGGUUCAUUAAUUUGAGCGCUUCGGAUUAUCCCUUGGUGACCCAAGAUGAUUUGCUUAGCACUCUGUUGACUAUACCCAGAAACUAUAACUUCAUUGAGCAUACCAGCGAUAUUGGUUGGAAAGAGUACCAGAGAGCCAGGCCUGUUAUGAUUGAUCCAGGGCUGUACAGAGUGCAAAAAUCAGAUGUCUUCUGGGUAUCAGAGAAGAGAGAUGUGCCUUCUGCAUACAGGCUGUUUACAGGUUCUGCUUGGAUGAUGCUCUCUCGGCCCUUUGUUGAGUAUUGCUUAUGGGGGUGGGACAACCUCCCAAGGAUUGUGCUCAUGUACUACUCCAACUUCCUUUCUUCACCAGAAAGUUAUUUCCACACGGUUAUUUGCAAUGCUAAUGAAUUCAUCAAUACGACUGUGAACCAUGACCUCCACUUCAUAUCCUGGGACAACCCUCCAAAGCAACACCCACAUUUCCUCACACUCAGUGAUUUCCAGAUGAUGGUAGAUAGCAAUGCCCCCUUCGCGAGAAAAUUCGGCAGAAACGAUCCGGUUCUCGACAAGAUUGACUCUGAGCUGCUCGGUCGAAGCGUGAAUGGAUUUUCACAAGGAGGGUGGUUUAACAGUGAGGAAAGCAUUAACAGAACAUAUGCCGAUUACGUCACACCCAACAUUACAGAGCUGAGGCCUGGUCCUGGGGUUGAAAGGCUCAGGAAGCUCAUUGCUGGUUUGUUAUCGGGGGAUAACUUUCAUGCAAAUCACUGCACAUAGCAAGAAAACUUCCGAGCCAAGGGACUUGUUUUGGGCACCUGUGCACUGGUUCUUCCCCUUGUGAUUGCUACGCCAUAUGUUGCUCUUAAUUCAACUGGUAAUGAAGGAUCACUAUAGGACAAGUUACAAAUUCUUCUGGGAUUCGUGAAGCAAGAUUUCAAAUAUACUAGCCAAAAAAUCCGUUUACAUGUCUUUCUGAUCCGGAAUCUCACUGAGCUGUUCAUAUCACAAAGGGACAAGUAAUGUAAGUACCGGAGCUGGAAAAGUUGAAGACGGUGAAGUUCUUAUCUUCAACUGCUGCUUUAAAUUAGUCGCGGGAGGGCAAGUUUGAGCCUAAAAUAUUGUUUAGCACAUUGAGUUGUUUACUAUACUUUUGCACUUCGUAUACUCAACAGAAGCAUUAUAAACAUCUGUAAGGGUGUGUACUAAAGGUAUAUAUGACUUUCUUUCUGCCGCUACAUGACAGCGUUUCUAA